CGCGCCGCGCCGCGCCGCGAAAGGAGGGAGACCUAGUGGGGGUCAGCCGGGCUGUGGCCCGACUGCCGGCCGGUGGCUUUUCCUGGGGGACAACGCUGGGUUCCCCAGAAGGACGACAAUGGACUCUGGAGGUCGCCCGGCUGGCAGCUGCUGCAGCAGCCCCGCGGGGCUGUCUCGGGAGUACAAGCUGGUGAUGCUGGGCGCCGGCGGGGUCGGGAAGAGCGCCAUGACCAUGCAGUUCAUUAGCCACAGAUUCCCGGAAGACCAUGACCCCACCAUUGAAGAUGCUUAUAAAAUCCGGAUCCGAAUUGAUGAUGAACCUGCCAAUCUGGACAUUUUGGAUACAGCCGGACAGCAGGCAGAGUUUACGGCCAUGCGGGAUCAGUACAUGAGGGCUGGAGAAGGGUUUAUCAUCUGUUACUCCAUCACCGACCGUCGAAGUUUCCAUGAAGUUCGGGAGUUCAAACAGCUUAUUUAUCGAGUUCGACGCACUGAUGAUACCCCUGUGGUUCUUGUGGGAAACAAAUCUGACCUAAAACAGCUCAGGCAGGUCACCAGGGAAGAAGGAUUGGCUUUGGCCCGAGAAUUCAGCUGUCCCUUUUUUGAGACGUCUGCUGCUUACCGCUACUACAUUGAUGAUGUGUUCCACGCCCUGGUGCGGGAGAUUCGCAGGAAAGAAAAGGAGGCAGUCCUGGCCAUGGAGAAAAAGUCGAAACCCAAAAGCAGUGUGUGGAAGCGACUUAAAUCCCCGUUCCGGAAGAAGAAAGACUCAGUAACUUGAAGAGAAGCGCGGAGUAUUGAUCUGUGAACUGCAGUGCUGGAAUCAACGCAGUCCAGUAACUGACAGUAGUGAGCAUGGUGCUUGCUCUUUCUCCUCUUAUGACUGUUAUUUCAAAAGUAACCGAUCAGGGAGGGCCAUGCCUACUAGGAGUUUCCAGUGAUGCGCUAUUUAAUAGUAUCGUCUUCGUUCUAAGUCUGAUUUAUUAAUGCAGUGGAGCACUGUCUUUUAAGUUGUCACCUUUAUCAAAUCUGAUUUACCAAUGUUUGGAGUUCCAUAGCUGAUCUUGAUUCAUUGGUGCAAAUUGCUGAUACCCAUGGAAGUGUGCAUACCAAGGUUUUGAUUACACUGAAAGGGGUUAUUUUGCUAUGCAACCUUACUAUCUUUCCACUUCUGUUUUCUGGGACUGUCCCAGAGAAGGACCUCAGUCUUUUUUACUCACACUGUCUUUCCAAGGUCAGCAGUUCAAAACCACCAGCCACUCCUAGAGAGAAAGGUGAGGCUUUCUACUCCCAUAAAGAGUUAU